ACUUAAUCAGCUCAGAACUCACUCGUGGUGAUCACUGUUCGUGAAAAUUUUAUAUAUCACCGGAAAACACGUAUUUUUUCCACAUUUAAUCGACUUGUGCUUUACGACAAAGAAAAGUUAAAUACCUGUUGUUUCCUCUAAUCGUUCGAACACUAUGCUGGACGGUUGGUACUGUCGUUCGAUGAAUGAACAAGCGCUUCAACAACAGCAACAGCAACAACCCCAAGCCCAUCAUUCUCGUCAAAAUCACAACUCAUUGGAAGGAGAUGAUUUGGGGGCGGAAGAUCGAGAUCUCGGGGACAGCUCUGGGCAGGAUGACGAUAGUGAUGAUGAUGUUCCACCACGCAGACAACAAAUAGAUUACAAGCUACAGUAUAACACGCUUAAGAAAAAGCUGAAAUAUCUACUCUACGAAAACGAGUUCUUUCAAGAAAACCUACGCACUAGUCAGCGACGUUUGUUAAAGAUUACCCAAGACCGGUCUUUUCUGCUAGACCGAUUGUUGCAGUAUGAGAAAACCGAACUCACAUCGUCGGAAAGUGAAGAAACUGAAUCAUCGGAUGAUUCAUCUAAAGUGGAACCAGCACCGACAGUUGGUCGUAAACGGAAAAACGAUGCGUCUAGUUCAAACAAUAGUUCGUUGGUCAAAAAUCCUCCCAAACGCAGGAAACCUGGCCCGAAAAAGCAGCUCCCACAGCAGGCGUUGCUUCAGCAGCAAGCCAUUGCGCAACAGCAGCGUCAACUGCAAGCACAGCAGCGACAGGUCAUUGCACAACUGCAGGCUCAGUCCCAACAACACAUGCUUCCUGCCAACCAUCAUUACCACAACCAACAACAGCAACAGGAAGGCCAUCUAACUACAGAGGAAAUAGAACGGCAUCUACAGUCCAGAGCAGCCCAAUCAAUGCUGGAAGUUGUACCGGAGGGAGAACUACCGAACGAAAUGUUCAGUCAGGCUCCCUCUAGUGAGUCCAACGAUCAGAUGGUUGACACUUCGCCCAGUAACAUCGGUGAUGAGUGCCUAUCGGUGGAUCUGAAUAUGAUGCAGCAAGAGUGAUUCAAUUAAUCCGCGAGAGGGUAGACGAUGAGUAUUAAUAACAAAAAUCGGCCGUUAAGCUUUAUCGAAUAUAAAUCCAUAAAUAAAUCUCAAAUUAAAACCUCA